UCGGGGGGCGUUUCUAGCUGCAGGCUGCUGGAUGGAGGCGCUAGCCCACAGUCUCGUCAUUACCUCCAUGCUUCACAGAGGAGACCAAUAAUGAAGCCAAACAGCCAAGCUCUCAAACACAGAUCCUCACAUGACACAGAGAGGGAAUUCGGAGGAACCCUGGGUGCAAUAUGCAUUCCCAUCUUUCUCCCGUUAACGGUACUUUUUCUGAUCUCCGUGAGUCGAUCUCCUGAGGCUAGUGUGCUCCAGUGGCCCCCUCCCCUCCCCUCCACUGACCGGCUGUGGGACCCUCUGGCCCCUGUGCUCCUGCUGGGCUGGAUGGGUCUGCACGCCUGCCUCUAUCUGCUGCCAUUAGGAAAGGUGUCUGAAGGAUUAGUGCUGAGGGAUGGAAAGCGCCUCAAGUAUCCCAUUAAUGGUUUUCAUGGCCUGUGCAUCAGCAGUGUGUUGCUGAUGUUGUUACUGGGGCUCGGGGCUCCUCUGGGGUAUCUGUUUGAGCUGCUGGUGCCUCUGGCAGUGUGUGCAAUAGGAGUCUCAUUCCUAUUCUCCGUCUACCUCUACAUCCGCUCCUUUUGGGCUCCAUCUCAUGCUCUCGCUUUGGGGGGCAACACAGGAAAUCCUCUGUAUGACUUCUUCAUCGGACGGGAGCUGAACCCUCGGAUCGGAAACUUUGACCUUAAAUAUUUCUGUGAGCUCAGACCGGGUCUGAUUGGCUGGGUGGUCAUAAACCUCGGUAUGCUGAUGAAAGAGGUGGAGCUUCGAGGUUCCCCUUCCCUCGCCAUGAUACUGGUCAACAGUUUCCAGCUGCUGUACGUGGCAGACGCUCUGUGGAAUGAGGAGGCUGUUUUGACGACUAUGGACAUUGUGCAUGAUGGUUUUGGCUUCAUGCUGGUCUUUGGAGACCUGGCCUGGGUUCCCUUCACAUAUGGCCUGCAGGCAGCUUUUCUGGUCGUGCACCCACAGGCCCUAAGUUUACUCGGAGCCGCAGCUAUAAUAGCACUGAACGGUAUUGGAUAUUACAUUUUCAGAAAAUCCAACUCACAGAAGAACCAGUUCAGACGAGACCCGACACAUCAAAGUGUUGCAAGACUGGAGACCAUCGCCACAGCAACAGGGAAGCGUUUGCUUGUGUCCGGCUGGUGGGGUCUUGUUCGUCAUCCUAAUUACCUCGGUGACCUCCUCAUGGCCCUGGCAUGGUCCCUGCCAUGUGGAUUCUCUCAUCUUCUGCCUUAUUUCUAUGUCAUAUAUUUCACCGUCUUGCUGAUUCACCGAGAGGCCCGUGAUGAGAGACAGUGUAGGGCCAAAUACGGACUAGCGUGGGACACCUACUGUCGACGUGUCCCCUAUAGGAUCUUUCCUUAUAUAUACUGAAAAGGAGAAAAAAUAGAUGGAACCCUCGUGUCUCCUCGAGUUUACACAAACGUAGCAAUAACUUGAAAUCCAUGAAUCCAUUUUGAGUUACAUGGACGGUGCUGCUGCUGGGAAUCUGCAGGGAGCUCACAGUUUUAACCAGCUUGAUUCGUAAGGCUGCUGUUCGGUUACAAAAUGAUGUUUGAUGAAUCACUACUCAGAUUUAGGCAAAUUUAUUGCAUUUUGAAUUUGAAACCUCACAGGAAUCUAUAUCAGUCUGCAUUACAUGUCUCUUCUAAAACAUCCCAACAUAAAAGGCUAAAGUACGGCAGCAUUUUGCUGAUGGUUAGGCACAGAGUGGAUCUUUUUCUUAUUUUACAAACAUGUUGUACAAAUUUUGUUAUAACAACUUACUAACAUAUCAUGUUAUAAUGAGAAAAGUUUGUUUUAAUGUUCAUUCUUGUGAAAUAACGAGAAAGUUUUGUGAUAUAACAAGAUAAAGGGGUUUGAAAAGAAUCUUGUUAAAACACAAUAAUUUAGUAUCUAGUUGUAAUAACGAGAAAAGUAUGUCAUUAUAGCAUCAAACUAUCUUAUUUUAAGGUGAAAACGAUCUCGUAGUAACAUGAAAAUGGACGUGUUACAAUGAGAAAAGUUCCUUAUUAUAACAAGAAACUGAGCCAAAUUUUCUUUGUCAUGGUGGCAGCAGUACACUGCUAAAACUGUAAACCAGAAAAAAUGUUUCUUCUCGUAAAAAUCAGAGAAGUUCUUGGAAAAAAAAUAAGAUUAAUGAAAUAUUUUGUCUGAAAAACACAUAAUUUUAUAAAGUUCUCAACAAACACAAUGCAAUCCCAUGUAAACAUCAGUGCCUUUAAUCAAAAGACUGGGUCACAUAAUUUUUAUCAUGUUUUUUUACAAUGUCUUCUUUAUUGUUAAGUGUAUAUUACCUGUGGAAUACAGUUGAAAUAAAAUACA